AUGAAUCCUUACGAGGCUUACGGAUCUCCGACUGCAGAGCGUCCGCCCUCUAGGUAUCGCGACGAUUACGAUGAUCGUGGUGACCGCGAUCGUGCAGAUUCUUUCAGGAGACGUUCACCUCCCACUGACCGAAGACGUACGGCAAGAGAUCGUUCAAGAUCCCCUGUUGCUAUCGAUCGCUACCAGCCAGGACGUGACAGACCCGCUCGUGACCGCGACUAUAUAGACGACAGACGAGCACCACCACGUGAACGCGAUGAUCGCCGACGAGCUCCCUCCCCAAUUGCUGCUAACAUCGAUCGCUACGUCCCAGGUCAAGAGCCGGACAAGCCUGUUCUUCGGCAGAACGUCCUCAACAAUCCGCUUUCUCUCGAUACUCAAGUAGGCUUCAGCUUCUUCCGCGACUGGUGGAGAAUGGAGCAGGAAGUAAAGGCUGCCAAAGAGCGAGAGAAAACCGGACGUCGGCCUGACCGUGUCAAGGGCGAACGUGAAGCACGAGAAGACAAGGAAAAGGAGCAAGCUAAGAUCCAAGACGCCUAUGAUCAGUACAAACAAGAUUUCCAAGUCAAAAUGGCCCGCCAAUUCGUCAAUCAGCACAAGGGUGAGGAGUGGUUCAAAGAACGCUAUGUUGCAGAAGUCAGAGAUCCAAUUCAGAAACGUCUAACGGAGUUUCGCACCGGCAGCUUCGAUCAGUGGAACAAAGAUAUCGAUGCUGGACUUUUCGACGAGUUCACUCUGGAAGGUAUCUACAAGAACGACAGUGACGGUGCUGGAGGCAUGGUCGAGAAGGAAGAAGGCGAGGCUGUUGGAGGCAACGAGGUCCUCGGCGUUCUCGAUCUUGUCCCCGCAAAGGGUGGCGAUCUUCGUGAUGAAGCCGCACAGCAGCCAGCCCUUCUGAUCAAGACUCUGGCGCCAAACGUCAGCAGAGAUCGCAUCGAGGAGUUUUGCAAGGAAAACCUUGGCGAAGACGCUGGAGGCUUCAAGUGGCUGUCGCUCAGUGAUCCCAACCCGUCCAAGAAGUUCCAUCGCAUUGGCUGGAUCAUGCUCCAUCCUGCACCCGACGAGGACGGCGACGCUAUGGAGUUUACCGAUCGAGACGAUGGUCGUGGUGAGGAUGACGAAGAGGGUGAGGAGAAGCCUGCACCGACAGCCAGUAGUCCUGCGCAGAAGGCACUGGAACUUGUCAACGCGAAGACCAUCAUCGAUCCCAUCCGAGGUGACUUUACUUGCCAUGUGGGCAUUCAUAACACUGUACCUGCCCCCAGAAAGAAAGCUUUGUGGGACCUGUUCUCGGCCCCUGAGCGUGUUGAGCGGGAUUACGAACUUGCUCGCCGAGUUGCGACCAAGUUUGAGAAUGAUUUUGGUAAGGACGAGUUCUCAGGUGGUCUAGCGAAGAUCGAUGUUCGAGUCGAGCAAAUGCGCAGUCAAGGUCUUCUGCAACCUCCGCCCAAACCAAAGAAAGCGAGCUUUGAAGACAACGAUGAUGAGAUCAAGUUUGACGAGGAAGUCGAAGAAGGAGAAGAGAACGAAGAAGACGAUGACGAAGAGCUUCUCGUGGUCAAGAAGAAGCUUGACAUGCUGAUCGAAUAUCUGCGUCGUGUCUUCAACUUCUGCCUCUUCUGCGUUUUCGAAUCAGAUUCGGUACACGAGCUGACCCGCAAAUGUCCCGGCGGUCAUCUUAGAAGACCCAGAGCCGGUCUUAGCAGCACCGCAAAAGCGGCGGCUCGAGCCAGUGCCAAUGGAGAUCCGUUCCCUGGCAAGAAGGAUCAGCAGAACGGCAUGGAUACUGGCUUAGAAUCACCGAUUCAGGAGAAGCGACCCAAGUUCAAUCGUACCGAGCAGCAGCUGCUCCGUGCCUUCAACUGGGUCAAGACUUACGAAGAGAAGGUGCUGCAAAUCCUCGAGCCAGAAUACGUUGAUCUAAAGAAGAUUGGCGGCAAGCCUGUCGAGGAAGCUUUGGAUGAAGAGCUAUCGAAGUAUGUCAAGCAAGAGGAUGAGGCCAAGUACCGGUGCAAAGUGCCUGAAUGUGCGAAGCUGUUCAAGGCUGAACACUUCUGGAGGAAGCAUGCGGAGAAGAGGCACGAGGAAUGGUUGACUGGCCUCAAGAAUGAUCUCAACCUCGUGAACACAUACGUGCUUGAUCCUUCUCAUAUCGCUCCGUCAAGAUCCGAUGCCAAUUCCAAUGGUCACUUCCCACUACCAGCUAAUCAUCAUCUCAACAGCGGCACACCCCGCGGUUUCAGCUUGCAGAACAUGAACAUGGUCAACUUCAAUCAGAACGCCAUGAUGAACAUGUCCAACAUGGCUAGUCAGUUCGUACAAAGCUUCAAUCCUGCGGAUGCCAACGGGCACGGCAGUGGCCCUGUCCGACGCGGUGGUGGACGCUACGGCAAUCGGUCAGGCCCUUAUGACCGAAACCAGCGUAACAUGUCCCGCGGCUUCAAUAAUGUCAGCGGACUCAUGCGUGGAGGUCCGGGCCAUGGGAUAGGCAUGAAUCCUGGCUACAUUGCGCAAGGCGGUGGUGGUGGAGGAGGCAAGUGGGGGGAUGGCAUGGGCAGCGGUGUUAAUGCCAUCGGACCCAGAGAGGCAUUCCAGGGCAGAUCGAUCAAGAGCUAUGAGGAUCUUGACGCUGCGCCUGCAGGUCAGACGAAUGGUGGAAGACCCAUGGGUGGUGAUGGAGGAGCGGAACUCGACUACUGA